ACUUGGAAAAUGGAGCUUAUCUUUAUCCGAUACGUGUUGGGUGGCAAACUGUUUUAGAAAUAAGCAAUAAAAACUUUUACACUCAAGUUUUAGAAGGCAAUGAAAAGAAUGAACAUCAACCUGGUUAUCGGUGUCAAGUUGAACUAAAAAUUAGUGAUAUUGAAGAGACACCUAGCCCUGCAAUCACAUCAUUAUACAGACGCAUAUGCCAAAAUAGCCAUACAAAUUUUUCUGGCCCACAAGUUUUAGGCUGGGAUAAUUCUAAUAUUUUAAAACAAUCAUUAACUGGUAUUGAAUUUCGUCCAUUUCUGAUAAGGAUCGACAAAUACAUUAUAUAUAUAACUGCUUUGGGAUGUCCUAAUGAAGCUGGGGCUGGAGUUGGAUAUACUGCGAUAUUUACUGGUGAACAUUUAGGCAAAUGUGCAAAAUAUACCCAAUAUAUUGAUUUAGGUGGAUGUCAUAUCGAAAUUUAUCAAGAUGGUGUGUUAAAAUAUCAUUGUAUUGGUAAAACUCCAAACGAAGUUUGGAAAGCAUCUAAAAAAUUAAAAAAAUUUU